AUGGAAAAGGCUUUUGAUAGAAUCGAGUGGAAAUUCCUCACUGAAGUACUUCGACGUUUUAGAUUCACUGAUGAGUUCAUCGACUUAGUUGAUGCAUGCAAUAGGGAGAAUCACUUCUCCCUACUGGUGAAUGACACUUCCACUCCUUUCUUCACUACCACACGAGGCUUAUGGCAGGGUGAUCUAUUAUCACCCACUCUCUUCAUAUUAGUUGAAGAAGUCCUGGGUAGAACCCUCUCUCGAGCAGUAUCACGUGGACUUAUUCAACCAUAUCAUUCGAAGCGGGGUUGCCCGAUCAUAUCACAUUCGUUAUUUGCCGAUGACGCUAUACUCUUCCUUAAUAGAUGUGAGGCAUCUAUUAAGGGACUCAUGACUAUUAUCUCGAGCUACGAGCGGGCCAUAGGUCAAUUCGUUAAUAUCUCGAAGAGUAACUUUAUAGUGGCAUCUUCUACCACCAUUAGCACCAUACGCCGUAUACAAGAUAUAACAAGAUUUUCACGUGGACAUUUGCCUUUUUAUUACCUUGGAUGUCUUAUCUUCCUUGGAUGCACUCGGAUUCAUUAUUUUGAUACCCUUCUGUGCAAGUUGAGGAAGAAACUUACCGGAUGGAAACUUCAGCUUCUAUCCUCAAGAGGUCGCAUCCAGUUGAUACGUCAUGUCCUCAUGAGUAUGCCAUUACAUCUACUAGCAGUACAUGAGGUACCGGAUACCAUUCUACAAUUUGUGAGGCGGAUAUGUACGCUCAACUUUUUUCUCUCUCCUCACGAGAGCUUCUCUCUCAUAAACGUCACAUUCAAACGGCAAGAUCUCUCCCAUCUAACCUCAGAUCAUGCUGAAAUUUGUUUUAUUCGAUUCGUAAGGUCCCAUAAGAACUCCGGAGUUAAGCGUGCUCGGGUGGGAGCAGUCCUUGGAUGGGUGACCUCCUUGAGAAGUCCUUGGGUAUGUGCACGCGUCGCGAGGUGCCUACUCUUCAUGUGCUGA